AUGCCACCAAGGAAAAGACCAAGACCUUCCGGUAGCACAGCACCACCUCCUCCGCCGCCGCCACCACAAUUUGAUCCAGCAAUGUUCCAGGCUGCAGUGACGGCAGCUGUGGCAGCAGCUAUGUCACAAAUCGGCCCUAACGGUAAUGGUGGAUCCGGAUCUGGUGCUACACCCUCUAAUCAGGGCUCUAGUGGUUACACAACAUCCUCCGGUGUUCGGGUCGGUCUAGAUUUAAAUCAGGAUGACGAACUCGAGCUAGAAGAAAUUGUCCGCCCAUUGGGUAGGGACAAAGCGAAGAGAAAGGGAAAAAUGACUUCUUCGGGUGCAUCUAAUUUCAGAAUGGACGUUAAUGAAAUGCGGAAAAUAACAGCAUCGUUUGAUCGAUAUAAUCUUAAUUUCUCCGAACGUUUGGCUUUCGACAAAGAAAAAGAAGAAACAAGAAAAAAGGAGCGGGCGGAGAGACAAGAAAUGGAUGAUAUGAUGUUUUUUUAUUGA